GACCUGCAGCUGUACAUUUACAACAAGUCACGUGGUUUAGAGGAAGACAGUGAGCUGCAGUAUAAAGAGCAGAGAAGAAGACAGUGAGCUCAGUCAGAGGAACAAACAGUUCACAGCCAGCCAGCCAGCCAGCCAGCCAGCCAGCCAGCUGAUCCUCUCCAAACUUUCAGCUGCAGACUUGAUCUCACUGUCUCCAUCAUGGCCACCGCUGACCUGCUGCUGGAGCUGAUGUCCUCCUGGAUCGAUCAGAGGGAGGGCUGUGCAAGGCAGCUGAAGAAACUGGCCGAUGAGCUGGAGUCACUCAGGGAGAAAUGUAACGCCGGUGAAUGUGUUGGCAACUCAGUGUCCGUGGUUGGAGCUGCAUGUCUGCUCGGUGCCGGCGCAGCCACUUUGUUCACCGGCGGAGCAGCUGCUCCAUUUUUAGGUCUGUUAGGAGGAGUGUAUACAGGUGUAGGUGUCACCGUAUCUGUGGUUUCUAAACUCACUGAACACUUUGUAUCCAGUGACACCAUGAAAGAGGCUGAGAAGAUAGAAGCGAAGAGCAACGACAUUGCACAAAGAAUCCAGAAGCAGUUUGAUCAGCUGAAGGCAGAGAUCAAGAAGGUUAGUCCCUCUGCAGAUCCAGAUGAAGUGGACCGAGGCGUCAUGACUGAACUUCUGGGAGCCAUGGCCAGACGAAGUGGACUGAAGAUGGAGAUCGACGUCAGCAUACUUCAUGACAUGUUGCAGCGUUCAGCUUAUCAAGGCAUGAACAUGCAGCUCAACCAAAGCUCCAUGAUCAUAAUGAUAAAUGUAUUUGUCGGUAUUUUAGCAUUUUUCGCAUUUCGAAGCAGCGGGAAAGGUUCUAAACUUUUGAUUGCUGAAGGAACCAAACAAAUGAUCAAACAGAUGUCAACAACUGGAGUUAAAACUGCCUUUAAAGGAGGCGCCAUGGUGGUGGGCGGAGCUGUUGGACUGGCGUUUGCACUUCCUGAGGCGGUUGACAGCUGGAAAGAGGCGAUCAAGAAGAAUCAUGUGACUGAAGCGAGCCAAUCACUGAGAGAUACAGCCGACACCAUUCUAAAGAUGACCAGGAAACUGAGAGAACAGUUUGACAGCAUGAGAGAAAUGCUUCAGAAGUUAGCCAGAGUGAAGUGCUGCAUUGAAAACAGGGACAGGACCUAUGAGGAUCAAAAUAAACUGAUGGAGUUUGCAAUGGAACAGUGUCAAGAUCCAGAUGUCAAGAACUGGUUGAGAGAAAAUGUAUUCUCUGUGGAGUUCUUCUAUCUUGUUGACAUGUUUAAUUACGUGAAAAAGGAGCUUGAUAAGAAAAAGAAGAAGAUGGACUGUGGGGAAAUCGACAUCAUCUUUGUGGCACAUGGAGGGAUUGAUGGGUUCAUGAUGUCAGCCCGAACUCUGCUUCCUCUGCCCACCAUCAAAGAUGUGCUCCUGUAUUCCCCCUGGAACUGUCUCAUUAAUGGUGGUGUAGCAUAUGGGAUUGCUACAGGAAGCAUACGGCCUUGGCACAGGAUGUUCGUCUGUGCACAAAGAGGCUGUUCAGUUCCUAGCAAUGGCCAUCAGCCCCUCCGCUCGACCUCUGGCUGGAACUCGAUGAGGGCGGCUGCAGGAUUGAUCCCAAAGAUCUCUGUCAGUCCAAUCACAUCAUCAGAGGACGGUGCAUGGAAAAGCUUUGAGUUUCUACAAGCCCAACAUGGUCAACCUGAGAGAAACCGUAUCGUCAUCCCGUUCAUCGUCCCAGGAGCGAUCUCACUGAAAAUCCCGUUCUUUGUCGUCACAUUGGCGCUGGCUCUGGUGCUGUUUUUCUCCAGGUAUCGAGCCACUGUCCAUCUCGCUGCCUGUCUGGGAAGAGAUAAAAACACGUUUUUUGGGCCUGAGAUUUUGGAGCAGUACACCUACACUAUCGACAACACGUUAAUGAAGACCUCACAGGAAAGAAACACAGACACCGACCUGUACAGAGCCAUGAAAAAUCUGUUUGGGUAGAGAUCAUCUGAACACGAUCACAUAGUUUAGACAUAUUUAGCUUGUUUCUUUAAAUAUUAAGUUUUUUGGUGGCUUAGUUUUGAUUCAUUCAGUUUUAUUUUUCUAUACCUGUGUAUUCUUUUAAUACUGUCAUGUAUGGAGGGAGGAUGACGUGACAGAACAUGAACGUCUCAUAUGUCACACUUUGUUUUAUGGACAGAGAAGGUGUGAUCAUGGAAGAACGUGUGUUUCCUUUGAGUUGUUUAUAAAACAUUUGUUUCUGUUUU